GUCCACUUUCAUCCCUGCUCCCCGCACACAGAACGGAUAUCCCGAGCCUAUCAGACGCGAUCGUCAUGGCCUGCAUUGGGCACGCGGUAAUGUCGGUCUAGUCAUCGCCUUGCAACUACAAAGUCGCUACUUGUCCCUUCCUGUCGGGUGACAUGAUCGUUGUGACCUACACCAUCUACCGGGUCCCUGGGAGAGUGCAUCAUCGACUUUUACACAGAAAUGACUUCGCACGCGGUUGCCGAGGGCGGCGUCGGCAAGGCUGCUCAGCCUAAUGGAGCCGAGCUGGUUUCGGUCGAGGAGAAGAGGGAGCUCUCGAACGAGAAGCAGAUUGAGGAUGUGGACUCGAAUGAUCAGAACCUCCACUAUGAUGAAGUGGACGAAGAGCCAGAGCUUCAUGCACGUACUUAUGUUGCCCUCUUUUCCAUGUUCCUCUUGAACAUGGUUCAAGUGGUGGCUCUGCAGGGGCCUCCGGCGGUGCUCGACUUUAUUGGCGAUAGUCUCAACAACUCGAAAACCCAGACUUGGGUCCCCAAUUCUCUUUCGCUUGUACAGGCAGUCCUGGGGCCUGUCAUUUCUCUCACCUCGGACACCUUUCAAGCUCGAAAGAGCAUCCUCGUGGGCUCGUCCCUAAUCUCUCUCAUUGGGGCUGCGAUUGCUCCGGGCUCGGGCAACAUCUACAGACUGAUCGUGGCCCAAACAUUGAUCGGCUUCGGCUUUGCGGCAGUCCCGUUGGCAUAUUGCGUUCCUAGCGAGAUCUUGCCGCGGAAAUGGAGGCCGAUGGCACAAGCAUGCAUGAACGUUGCCGCGGCACUGGGUGCUAUUCUCGGCCCCAUGUCUAUUGGUUCCCUGACGAAGCGCAAUCCAGUGGACGGGUGGCGCAAGUUCUACUGGAUUCAAGUCGGACUCUGGGGAGCGACGGCUGCGGGCAUCUUUGUCGGGUAUAGACCACCAAAGAGACAUACCAGGCUCGACCACCUCUCUUUCUGGCAGAAGCUAGGCCACAUCGACAUUCCCGGCUGCUGCCUCCUUACUGUCGGCUUGUCUCUGUUCCUGACUGGCCUCAACCUCGGAGGCAAUUUGUACGCUUGGACCAACUCGCGGACACUUGCGACUCUCGUGGUGGGAAUUGUCGUCCUCAUCGCUUUCGGCAUCUACGAGUGGAAGGGCACCAAGACCGGCAUCAUGAAUCACACCCUGUUCCGUGGUGGUCGAGCGGCAGGUCGUACCUUUGCUAUCUGCGUGGGCCUGAUCUUCAUCGAGGGCAUCAUGCUGUUCUCAUACAUUGUCUUCUACCCUGUUUUAACAUCCUCUCUCUUCGAAACGGAUCCAUUGCUACUCGUAUCUCGAGAAAUGCCCUUUUGGGUGGCCGGCGGUAUCUCCACGGUGAUCUGGGGUUAUGCCAGUACACGGUUCCGCACCAUCCGUGAACCGCUCUUCCUGGGUUACUUGAUCUUCACUGGGGCAAUUAUCGGAUGGACCACGAUUCAACCCAAGGACAGCACCACCGCUGUGGUGAUGAGUGGUCUCGCGGGAUUCGGGUUUGGGGCACCGCUGAUCCUGAUUAUUGCCGGCGUCCAGCUCUCGACGCCACACAGCCUGAUUGCGACGGCCACUGCCGUGACGACGUCGUCUCGAGCAGUGGCAGCCACGGUCUUCACGGCCAUAUACGCCGCAGCGUUGAACACCCGGCUCACCACCAACAUCCCCAACGGCGUCGGAGGGGCGGUCGCGAAAGCCGGCCUCCCCGCGAGCUCCAUUCCGAGUUUCGUCCAGGCACUUGCGGCGGGCCAGACGGACGCUCUGAGCAGCAUCCCAGGGGUGACUCCGGCCAUCAUCGCCGCCGGCGUUGCGGCGCUGAAGCAAGCCUUCGCGGACUCGAUCCGGGUGGUGUACAUCAUCGCCGCGCCGUUUGGAGCGCUGGCGUGCAUUGCGUGCCUGUUUCUGGGCGAUUUGCGCAAGACGAUGAACUACGUGGUGGAUGCGCCGGUGGAGGAUCUGCACGCGAAGAAGCACCAUCACCACGACCAGCGUCGGGAGAGCGAGCACGCGGCCUGA